ACGGCUUAAACUAUGAACAGGUGAUUCAGAUUUUUAGAAGCCGCGGAACUUGGCACGUAGAAGCACAUCUGUCAAGAUUGAAGCGAUUAGUUUUGAAGAAGAAACGUUUCAAAUCAGAAUUUUCAAACAAAGAUGAAUCAAAGAAAUUUGUCAAGAAGUCAAUCAAAAUUGGCCAGUCUCUUAUUCGCUGUAACUAUAAUGGUUGGACUGCUUCGUGUCUCGUUUGCCAUCCCACUCCCAGACAGAAUGAAACUUCGUCGUGAAUUGACCAGUCAACGAGAAAUGGUGCGUAGGCUGCAACUGCAAUCAAUAUUUGGACCUGCAGAAAAAUUCGACUCUGAUUUGACGGCCGCUGCAUUGCUUGACAAAGAUUUUCAGAAGAGGUCGGUUGAAGGCGAUGUUUCACUGCCUGCUUUGACUCGCCACGAAAGCUUCGACCAGUUCUUUGCGUUACAAGAACAACGCGAAGGUGCAGGAAAACAGCAAAAAAGAUCUGCAGAUGGCGGAGAUGAAUCCAGUCAAGAAAAAAGCAAAGUAUUCGUUCCUUUCAGUGGGAAUGGCAACGGCCUUGGGAGGUCAAAAAUACCCUGUAGGCAAAAAAGGAGUGUUGAUGGCGAUGAUGCAACAAAUACGAAGGAGAAAAGGCAUCUAAAAACACCGCCAGGAGAGGGAUUAGUGCCUCAGUACAACAUGUAUGAUGAACUAUGUGAAGAUAGUCAGCCAGUGAAGGUUGUCAAGAUAAAGUCACUAAUAAUAAAGGAUGGAGUUAUAAGGGACAAUGAUAUAACGGAGACUCUACUCUCGUGAUUCGGCACUGGUAAAAUCUCGAAUGUCAGAAUGAUGUAAAUGUUUCAGCAUCCAUUACCACAUGAUGAGUUGAGUUGGAUGAACUCAAGCAAAGCAAAGUACUAGGUUAUAGACCAACAUCCUUUGCACGUAAGAACAUUGCCAAUGACAAUGGACAAUGAACACCUAUUGAGAGACAUUUUAAAGGUGCAUUUGUAAAUACAUGCUAAACUACUCAUGAAGUUGGCUCAAGACGGAUUUCUUCAGUAGUAAAUUAACCUAUAUCUGCUAAAAGUAGCCUAUUUCAUGUUUGCAUUCAGCACAUAACGGUAAUAUUAUCCAGUACAAAUUGGACGCCAGGAAAGCGAAUUUGAUAUAUCCCAAGUAAAACUCACGGAGCCUUAACUUGAAUAAUUCAUGCCCCGAAAGUAUAUAUUAAGCAAAUGCAAAGAUAAAUGAUAGCAUAUCAAGUCAUGAUCAAAAUGUAAUUUUGGUCGGAUUGUGUUUAAAAGAAAAAUUUCUUUGCUUUUUAAGAACCAUGCUCAAACGAAUGCACAAAUAAAAACUCGAUACUCUAAUAUACACAAACGAUACUGUAACAUAUCGAUACUGUAUUCUGUAACAGUUUCGUCUAACUGCUGCCAUUUUAGCUAAUGUACGGUCUAUUUUAUCAUAUUUUCCUUGGUAGGUUUAAAACUUGCCAAAAUCAUGAAAGUAGAACAAUAAAUUAUUGGCCAAUCAAUAAACGCGUGAGCAGUAUUACCUUUAUUGAUUGGUCAAUUGUUGAUCGAAAGGUAGGUGUCGAUUGCCUUUAACGGACCCCUUCUCAAAACAGCAGAUAACACCAUUAAAAGUUCUGUUCUUUCCUGUAGAAGUAGCCUUGUAGAAAGUCGUCUCCAGACAUCGGCCACUCCACUCUGUCGACGUUAACACCGGUGUCCAGUAUACGAAGGUUCUAUUAGCGCAACAUUUUUACAGCGUAAUGCUGCUAAUGAACAACAUAGACCGCAUUAACAGCCCUUCAGCAUUUACCUAUGGCAUAUAAGAUUAAUUUAACACUUAAACAUUACUACGCAGUUAAAAUCGUAGCUUAGGUUUACUUUGUGAUAUCAGUGUAAAUAUAACAAUUCUGAUGUACGUUGAAUGUUUAUGUCCUUUUUGCGUUGUCAUCUUGGGUUUUUAAGCGACAAUGAAAAGCAGUCGUGGUCACAGUAAUGCACUUUGGUGCAUGUGAUAGAUGCCUUUCAGAUAAAGGAUUACAAAGCAUUAAGACCAGGGAUGCCUGAGAAGAGGGUGCAAUGCAUGACGAAGAUUAUCCAAACUUGCAAAUGGAAUUUCUUAUGCCAAAUGUUAGCCAAUUUUACAGAUACCUACAGAAGAUUGAAACAAAUUGGCAGUUGUGAAAGAAGCUGGGAAUUAUCAUUUUGAUGCAUUUUUAAAAAUGAUCAGUGGCCCGAACUCUUAUGAUUUAAACUCUAAAAACUUAGGCUAGGCAGGUUGCUAGAUGGUUAUGCAAAAUUCCCUGUCUACUGUACUAAAUUAGCACUUUUAAUCGUUACGUAAUUAAGAUACGCUUUUGUUAUAGCCUCGCUUUACCUAUAGAGCACGUUUUUUGUUUUCUGUUAGUUAUGUUCGUUGAGUAUAUCCAAAAUGGCUGUGCAUCGAAACUUCUAAUUCUUUUCCUCGUUAAAUUCUGUUGGAACUGAAGUUCAUAGAUAUUUUUCGACACUUCUUUAAAAGCAGCUUUGUUUUCGAACUAUUUUUGACCAAAGACCAAAGAUCAAAGGCUUUAAAUAUUUCCAUACUGGAAUUCGAGCGUUUGAUGUCCUCCUCCCUUUAACAGGAAUCGUGCCAGAAAAUCACAUCUCAUAUCAAAUGUGUUUCUUGUUCAAUCGGAAUGAAUCUUGGACAGUAAGAUUGGAACAGCGCUUGGUAGAAAAAAAUGCUGCUUCUUGUAGGAAUCAUCAACCAACAGUAUAGUCACUUUUUAUAAGAAAAAAAGAUCCAUGGUGUUGAGUUCUACAGUUUCUUAACGCUU